GGGUGGGUGAGUGGUGCGAAUCGUCACCAUAAUCAGGAAUAUCGUGCUGUCCAGAGUUGCCAUUUGGGCUCCAGCAGUCGCAGAAGCGGGGCACUCGCGAUUUUUCAUUUCGGCCCGCGGAGUUCCCAGAUCGGCCCAUUCUGGACGGGGCUAGGACGAGGAUAAAUCCGUUCCAGAGCGUUCCAGAGUGUUUCCAGAGCGAUCCAGAACGCUCUGAGAAGGUCGCAGCGCCCGAAACAUCCUCCAGAGCCGCCCGAUCUCAGAUAUUCUCGAUUUAUUAUCACCCAGAUUUUCCCUCGCUCUGGCUUCGUCGUACCACACCGAGGAAUCAUGGAAAGGCCGGAGCUGCAACCGUUGACGGACGCCGAGAAGGGUCGUUCAACGGGUUGGCCCGUCAUCCAACCUACGAUGCCUCGGAAGGGCCAGUACUUCUUGUGUGGGAAAAGCUGCGGGUGCUGCCCGAUCUACGUUGUCUUCGUGCCGGCGCUUGCUGUUCUCAUCUAUGUGUUGGGGUUUGCCGUCUUCUUCGUGCUCAUUGAUGGUUGCAGCAUUAAUGGUGUACGCGUUAUUUGGUUGUUGCCUUGCGGCUGGCGUGUUGUACUUCAAGUCUUGGAGCUGCCCCCCAUUUAAUUGGAUUUCAGACAUAUACCCGAGGCUCACCUACUUUGCGUACCAGUCCUUGCUGCUUUCGCGCGCAACGCCAGACACAAGUCCACAGUUCAUGCCUGUUGACAAGAUUACGCCGAAGAUGCAAUUGGAAAAGUAUCAACUUUCCUACGCGCUCAACAUCCAGGUCCCCGUUGGUUUUGAAGAGGAGUUCCUCGGCGACCCGAUUCUGCCAAACCGGAUUACCCAACGUCUUGAGGAGACUUUGUCCUACAUUCCCCAGACUGACAGGUUUGAGACUUUUGGCCCGGAUGAGGAUCCGGUGGAAUUUGCCAUGAACCAAAUGUGCAGCGUCUACCCUGAGAUCUAUCAGGUCUGGGAGGAUAAGUUGAGCGACGUCGCCCUCACGCGAUUCUGCUUAUUCGGUUUGGGCGCCCACCGUGUCGAGACCACAACAGAGAACGGAGAGCGGUACUUUGUCGUUCGAAGUAACGCCCUGUCGAACUUGCCUGUUCGCAGUGGCUUCGAGAGGUACGGCGGCGAUGCGUACUUCGAUAUGGGUUGGAACGCGGUCAAGAUAGUCGACGCUGGGUUGGGGCCUCUCCUCACCGACGGCACUGUCAACCUUGUGACGUCGACCCCGAGCGAUGGGGCGCAGUGGGAUCGAGCCAAGUUUAGGUUCCGCUCCUCGCUCUCGGUGCUGGUGACACUUGUGGACCACCUUUACGGGAUUCACUUGCAGACCGCCAACAUUGUGGUGACCGCCGUCCGGGAGCAGCUCUCUGCCGACCACCCUCUCCGCCGUUUCCUGACGCCGUUCACGUUCCAGACCAUCGCUGUCAACGACAAUGCCCGGAAUAAUCUGAUCCAGCCACGCUCAAUGGGUCCUCGCUGCUUUGCCUUUGACGAUGUCGGUAUGCAGCUGGCCUUUGCGGCGGCACCGAGUCUGAUAUUGUCUGGAAUCGAGGUGAGCGUCGAGGAGGGAGGUCCGUUCAUCAACCGGGCGAAGUACAUCGACUACCUCAAGGACAAGAAGGGCAUCGACACAGAGUAUCGAAGACGCCAACGAGCAAAAAAUAUUACCUCAUUCUCCGGAAGUUCGUGGCCGACUACCUUGGGUGCUACUAUCCCUCCGCAGCAGGUGUUGUGGCUGACAAGGAGUUGCAGGGGUUUCUGAGGCAGACUGUGCACCAGCUUGAGCUCCUGUCGACGGCAGCGGUAUCCCUGACGCAUAUGAUGCCCACGCUGGAAACGGACGUGGAUCGCAUGUACAACACCAUGGUCGACAUCAUUUCAAAU